AUGCAGCGCAACCCUUCCCUUUCACUAAGAACGUCACGAUCUGUGACCAAGGCGCGCAAUGAAGUUGAAGAAAGCGACCUAUCAAUACUAUUUUCGUCGCUAGCCAAAGUGAUUAUUGAGCUCAAUAUGGGUGCUGCACGUGUAGUUAACGUGGACGAGACUGCUAUUGAAACGAAACGAGAGCUCAAGCGCGUGAUAGCAGCAAAGGGGUCGAAGAAUGUAUGGCACAGUGACAUCAAGACUCAUUUUCACCUAAGUUUUGUUGCGUGUGGCAGUGCCAGUGGUUACGGGUUGCAACCACCGAAAAGGCAUUCAUGA